AUGUUCAACGUCAACUUGAAAGCCAUGAACUAUAUUGGUCAACGCUCUACUACAGAAAGCCAAGAGCAGAUUGUGCAGGGAGGUCAGGGACUAAUUACAACGCCAGAACCACGGUACGAUCCUUCAAAUGGGAUUGUAGUCGAACGCCAAGUCGAUAUUGAGGUAGCUGAGGGGUCAUACACAGUUGUUGCACAACGGUCAGCGGUGGCGACAGGACAGAGGCGUGCGUAA